AUGAUAAAAUCGCCGUUGGAUACGUUCGGCGAGUGGGCCGACAUGUCGGUUUUUCUCGAGAUGAAGCCGCGCAACGAUCUGGCGUCGUUGUUCGUCGACGUACCGCCCGGAUUCCGGGAAAAAGAGGCGACCGGCAACGAGGAGAAUAGACGAAUGUACGGUUUUUCAAAAAACAAGUAAAAAAGAAGUUUGACAUUUCCGUGUUUUCUGUGAUUUGCGGGUUCCAAACUGAUAGCAUGCAAGAGUUUUCAUCCCAAGUUUGCAUUAUUAACUUUCCUAUUUCAGAAAGUACGCGGACCUGAACGUGGUGAACAUCACCGACAAUUUCAUCCGGAUCGGAGCGCCGCCAACUCCGGAAUCGCUGCUCCGACGCGAAAGAGAGGCGGCCCAAUCGGCGGCGAACCCGCAAAAACAGAGCGGAUCCGUCGCAAGGGACCGGAGCAGCAGUGCCGGAUCCGCCAGGGGAGGGUCCCAACAGAACAGUCCCACCAAAAAGUGCAACAAUAACAGUGGAAAUAACAAGAAGGCGGCCAAGAAGAAUGAAAGGUGAACUUUUUUAUUGAGCUCUAGUAUUUGCUGAUUUCAAUGAAAAACAACGACUUUCCUAUUGAAAAAAUCUUUAAAAUUGAUCAUUUAUCGUAUUCCAGACCGGAACCGUCGAAACCGAUGCGUUACGGGGCGACUGUCCGUGACGUGACGAUCAAAGCAUCCACGCUUUGCUCGGCGACGUUCGCCGACAGCUCUGGCCGCAUUUUCAUGUGCAAAGUGGGCGUGGAGCCAUCGGACGACGGGCCGCUGGUCCAGAAGACCGCCCAUCGGCUGGCGGUAGAGGUGUGCAAAAAGGAGAAGUUGGAAGAGUUCGCCGCGAAAGCGCUGCCUAAAAUCUCGUGUGCCCGGUGCAAAAUGGCGGUGCUGUCGGAGGAGUACAUCAUGAAAAUCGGGUGUCUGCCCGACGACGACUUUCUCGAAACGACUCAAUCCGCCGAUUUCUACUGCCGUGACUCGUGCGGCGCCGCGUGUGACCCCGAAAAACACGCGCACGCUCGGAAGCGUCAGGAGCUGACGGCCGAUCCGACGUGGCUUCCGGACGAGAAAAAAGUGAUGAUCAGCUAUGCGAACUCGGUGGUGCACAAGACGAGUGUGCUCGAGGAGAAUGUGAUUGUGGACGAGCGGAAGAACAUUCGGUGUGCCGGCUGCAAGUGCCAGUUGGGACGCAUUCAGAAAAGUACGCUUUUUUUCAUUCAUUUCCCCCUAAAAACAAUAAAAAUGCUGCAGACCACCCGGAGCUCUACUCGUUCAACCACAUCGCCACGCUCAUGACGGCCGGUCCCAAGAAGUUGGCGUUCGUGGACAAGACCGAUCCGAGCGCCCUCUCGAUCUACAUGUCCCAACUGAUUCUGUCGGGCUGCGAGGGCCAAUCCAGCAUGAAAUUGGUGAUUCGGACCCUGGAUAAAGUGCCGUACAUGCUCGUCUGGCUGCUCGAUUCGUACGUGGUCAUUGCGAACGGGACCCUCGAGGGAUUGCGAUCGGAAGAAGAGGAAGGAACCGUGCUGGUGCCGUUCCCGGCCAUCAAACUCCUCUACAAAGUGUUCAACAACCAGACGGCCGCCAGCGAUCCACGUGCGAACGGUGAGGACACUUCCGUCGGACUCGUCGACAUUCCGUUGCCGUGCUGCGAGCUACUCAUCGAGCUCUUGCUUCGCAGCUCCUUGCGGUCCCCGCCCGCUUGUCGUGCUGUCGGACAGUUCUUCGUCGGAUACUUGCAGAUCGACGAGCACAUCUAA